GUCCUUUUUACACGCCAUCCAGUCCCAGCACCACACCACAUUAUCUUUUAUACUCUCUCUCUCUCACUCGCUGUUUCUUCUUCCAUAGCUACUCAAUGGCCGCUCUGCAAUCUCUUGCAUUCGCCUCCCCAGUUUCACAUUACUUCCAGCAACCGCGUUCUUUCCCGGGCUCGGUAUCUUGGGCUGUCCAUCGUUUUGCAAAGUCCGCAUUCAAUGGCCAAUCUUUGCACCUGUCCCAUCCACAGUUGGCUUCUGUUAGGCGGAAAACAGCAAGAUUUAUUACAAUGAUGGCCAAACCAACAAUUCAAUUUAUCCAAGGAACUGAUGAACAGACAAUACCAGAUGUAAGGCUAACCAAGUCAAGGGAUGGUACAAAUGGUGUGGCCAUUUUCACCUUUGAUCAGCCAUCUGUAUUUGACUCUUCUGGUGAACUUGGUGAUAUAACUGGCUUUUACAUGAUUGAUGAGGAAGGCGUUCUCCAAUCAGUUGAUGUUAGUGCUAAAUAUAUAAAUGGAAAACCAUCCCGAAUUGAGGCAAAAUAUGUCAUGCGUUCACCUCGGGAUUGGGACAGAUUCAUGAGAUUCAUGGAGCGAUAUGCUAAUGCAAAUGGCCUGCAAUUCGUCAAAAGUUGAGGCAAUGUAUAUCCAUUCCUUCUGUUUUGCACCUGUCACCUCAUUUGUUUUGUUUAAAUUAAUCAAGAAGACUUGAAGAUCUCGGUUAAUGUCCAUGUAGAUGCUUACAGCUACCAUAUUCCUCUUCUUUCUUAACAAAUUUUGCAGUUCACAGUGAUGCACAAUUUCCAUUCUCCUCCAUUAUUUAAAUGUACAAGUGAGACAGCACAUGUCAUAGAACUUGUUUCUUCCUACAUCAGUUCUCUUAUUUAAUGUAUAAGAAAGGUUCAAUAGCAGAUCAAUAUGGACUAUAGUUACUCAGCUGCAGCACUUCAUAUUUCGCUACUCUGCUAAUGGCACUUUCUGAACUUUUUUUUUCUUUUAUUAAUUAAGUAUUAGAGCUCUAAUAUAUUGCAUGUUUGCUUACUGCUGAUUGUACUCCAUGUUGUUUAUGUUACUAUUUUGUUUUAUUUAGUGGAUAAACAAAUUGAUGGCGUAGUUAGUUAA